AUGUGUAUGAACAGCUGGGAUUUUCAUUAUCCUUUAUCCCCUGCAGUAGAACCUACAUCCAUGUAUUUCCCUACUUCUCACGAAACACAUAUCAUAUUUUAUUUUAAUUACCAAUGUAUAUAAUUUUCAUAUAUUGAAAAACUCCUCGGAGCUCAUUGUUAACAACGUCAACACCAUGGCUUUGUGUAGAAAGUUUACUGAUUUGUUUUGUUUAUGGACUUGUUUUGUGGCUGUUCUGGCAGUUGAACCUCAUCCACAAAUCAAAGACAAAGUGGAAUCUAUGAUGAAGUUAACACCAUGGACCUGGAAACUCCUGAAUUCUUCCUUUAAGGUAGAAUCUCCCGUCACUGUGGAUGUGGCCCUCACCUCUCACUACAGACUGACCGGAAAUCACUUAACGCACUUCAGGUCGUGCAAGGAUAUUCUUCUGAUUAGCCCGGAAAGCAAAAGCGGAGAAUAUACCAUCUUUCCAGAUACAAGAAAACCGAUUUCUGUGUUUUGUGAGUUUUUGUCAAAAAACCACGGGUACACAUAUUUAAAGGACUAUUCUGAAAGCCGGUUUAAUCUCAGCUCCAUCUGUUCCACCACAGAUGAAAUUAAAGUGGUUCAUCUUCGGACGUCUGGUAAACGCUACGGAACAAUUCUGGAAGAGUUGAAACGUUAUCAGAGUAAUUUCUCACUGAGUCUGCAAAUCAAUGAAAAUAAAGGGUUCAAUACACCGAAGAACGCCCCUUUUCUUGGCAAAUAUAUUUACGUGGGGUUUCUUCCACGGUCGAUUGCAGCCAGGCGCAAUAUACAGGGGUAUCGAGCCGGUUCCAAGGACUGGGAAUUCAACAACUGUGAUGCCAAUCCGAACUCGUACAUAGCGUUCUUCUAUAACAACUCACAAUUGCAAACUCACAGCUAUCACAAGAGGGGUAGUUACAAUAAAUAUAUGAGACGCUGGAUUGAUGUCUCUAAAGAAUAUAGCUUGUCUAUACCUGCAGAGUACUUCCGGUUUUUCGAAAUGCAUAUGGGUGGAUGUGGGGGUUAUGUUGUCCCAAACUAUGGAACACUUUCUGAUAUUGUUGGUGCCGUACCCGGAUUUAGGUUCGAUGUAACAUGCAGUGACGUUCAAUGUCAUCAUGGCAGAUCAUGUAUCAUAGCGAAUGGAGGACCAACAUGUUUGUGUCCUUCGGGAUACACCGGAUAUCUUUGCAAAGAAAAGGAAAAGGUUCAAUUUUCUUGCAAAGACGUUGCUAUUUUUAAAGGACCAAUAACCGGAGAAUAUCUUAUAUAUAGCAGAAUAAAACAAAGUCAGUCGUAUAAAGUAUUCUGCGAGUUUCAUAAAACCUAUGGAUUAACCUUUAUCUCAAACACUGACGCCAUCAUUGAUGUUAACGAAUUCUUUGAAAUCAAAUCUGAAGUGGUGGUACGACAUCUGCGAGGGAACAAGCAAUAUGACUCCAUCCUGAAGCAAAUAACUCCGUAUGCGGACAGGCCAUUGAGUGUCCAGUAUAAUUCGGCUAUUGGAUAUAAAACUCCCAUGAAUGCUAAGAGGAUGGAACCUUAUCUCUACCUUGGAUUUCUUGACAAGAUCACAGCAAAGGCCAAGACCAGGCAGGGCUACAAAGUCAACAAUGUCGAUAAGACGUUCAUCAACUGUGAUGCAAAUCCAAACAGCUAUCUUACCUUUUAUUUUAACCCUAAAAACCAACAUCCGGUUGGGUAUUACAAAAGAUGUUGUUACACGCCGCUGAUGAAAUCAUGGCUGGAUGUUGGAGUACAAGUUGAUCCUGCUCGUCACCUUCCUAAGUCCUACUUCAUGCAGUUUGAGAUGCAUUUCGGGGGUUGUGGUGGAUACGCAAUUAAUGGUUACAGCACACUGGCCAAUAUCCAAGGAGCAGCAUUAGGCAUGCGUUUUGAACUAUAAAUCGGUGAUUGCGAACACCUACAUACUUUUUCCUACGACAAACUAAGAAGAGAAAGAUAUGCAGUAUAUGUUGUUCCUUUCUUUCGUAAAAUAAAAUAUUGGAGUUAUGCAUUUU